CGUGCUGGCGGGCGGAGCGGGGUGGCGACCUGUGUGGGCUCAGCGCGGGCGGUGGCGUGAGGGGCUCAGGAGGAGACAUGUCCUCGGGGGUGGCCGCGCGUUGCGACGCCAAGAAGCUUGUGCGCUCGCCCAGUGGCCUGCGCAUGGUGCCGGAGCACCGCGCCUUCGGAAGCCCUUUCGGCUUGGAGGAACCGCAGUGGGUUCCGGACAAGGAGUGUCCAAGAUGUAUGCAGUGUGAUGCCAAGUUUGACUUUAUCACCAGAAAGCAUCACUGCCGCCGCUGUGGGAAAUGCUUCUGCGACAGGUGUUGCAGCCAGAAGGUGCCACUUCGGCGCAUGUGCUUCGUGGACCCAGUGCGUCAGUGCGCUGACUGUGCCCUGGUGUCCCAUCGAGAGGCUGAGUUCUAUGACAAGCAGCUUAAGGUGCUUGUAAGCGGAGCUACCUUCCUUGUUACUUUUGGGGACUCAGAGAAGCCUGAGACCAUGGUUUGUCGUCUUUCCAACAACCAGAGAUGCUUGAUUCUGGAUGGAGACAGCCAUCAUGAAAUUGAGAUUGCACAUGUGUGUACUGUCCAGAUUCUCACAGAAGGCUUCACUCCUGGAGUAGAAAAAGACAUUCACACUUACAGCAGCCUCCUGGGGAGCCUGCCUGCCUCUGAAGCAGGCAGCACUCGAGCCACAGGCAUGUUCCUGCAGUACACAGUGCCAGGGGCAGAGGCUGCAGCACAGCUGAGGCUGAUGGCUGGAGAAGACGCAAGCGGCAGCAAGAGGCAGGCGGCAGCAUGGCUGGCAGCCAUGCACAAGGUUGGCCUGCAGCGUCCUAAGCCUUCCAAGUGAUGUGGGUUCAUACCACCCAGAGACAAACAGGACUUCCGAUGUUUUGAGGGUGAGCAUAAAGGCAGUGAGCACUUAAGCAUGAUCCACUCACUGAGCCGGACUCUAGCCCAGCAACAGGACAGACAGACACGGUGCCGAUUAGCCGGGGGAGCGGCGGGGGCACACCGAGCCUCUGUACAUACCGUACAGGAACUGAGAACACUGGAUAUAGCCCUCCUCCAUCUCCUCACACUUGUCUGCAGCGGUUUCGAUGUCACUGAUGGUGGAGGCAAAGAUAGCGGCUCCACUCUCCACCAGCUGCUUGCAGAGGUGGACACUGUUGCAAGAGGCGGCACAGUGCAGUGGUGUCCUAGAACCAGACGGGAAACAGUCAGGAACCACCUGCUCCUGUGUGACGCCACCCUCUGAGAAGAGGGACCACAGCUGUGUGUGAGGCAAGGGUCUAGGUGCUUUGUUAAUUUUAUGUGUAUGGAUGUUUUCAUGCAUGUAUAUAUGUGCACCGUGUGCAAAGGCCAGGAGGAGGGUGCAGGGGACUCCCUGGGACUCGGUUACAGAUGGUUAUGAACUGUCGUGUGGGCACUGAGGAGCAAGCACUGGGUCCUUUGGAAGAACAUCCAAUCAAGCACCUCUGGAGCCGCAAAGUUCUACUUGUCUUUUUGUUUGGCUUUUGAGACACUUUCUCUGGCUGUCCUGGAACUUGCUCUGUAGACCAGGCUGGCCUUGAACUCACAAGAUGCUGCCCCUGCCUCUGCCUCCUGAGUGCUGGGAUUAAAGGUGUGCACUACC